AAUGAUGAAUAGGCUAGUUUUGAAUGCAAGGAAAGUGACAAGAGGGACCUACACACAAAAGAAUGACUAUAUCCCACAACCACAACCACCUCUUGGCUUCAUUUCAUCCCCCAAAACCAGACCUUGUUCCUGCUCUUCUUCUUCUUCUUCUUCUUCUUCCACAAACACCACACCAUGUUUGAUCCAAGAUUCCAAGAUCAUCAUGGUGGUUGUGGUGAAGAAGACAGAAACAUAAACAGAAAUACAAGGUUAGACCAGAUUGAUGGGACUUGCAGCAGCAGUAGAAGGAACUGGUGUGGUGAUCAAGAUGUGGUUCAAUUCAGGGCUACCCCGGAUGAAGACGAUGAUUCCGGUUUCUGUUCGCCACCUCUAUGGGAGAACAACAGCACAAGCCAACACAAAACGACGUCCCAACCCCUACUCACCCACCAUGUCUACACCUCUCUAUCACCAUCAUCACCAAAGUCCAGACUGCAAGCAAUAACCAGAGGACAGAGGGAGCUCAUGGAAAUGGUCAAGAACUUACCCGAAUCGUCAUAUGAACUCUCCCUCAAGGAUCUCGUCGAGCAUCGCCAGAUGGAGCCUCCUCCUCAAGCCUCUGCCGAUAGAUUCAAUAAUAAUGGCUCCAGGGGCAAAGGAGGAGGGGUAAAGCUGGUUAAGAGGCAGGGGAGUAAGACGACUACUAUCAGAAGAAGCGCCAGCUUCGAGAUUGAGAACAAGGGGUUGUUUCUGAAGAUUCCAUUUUCUUUGCAGUCCAAGAAGAGGGACAGGUUUCCUGGUAAUGGAAGCGGGAAGGUUUCGCCAAAGCCUGAGGCAGCUGAGAGGGAUUGGUGGAAGAAGAAAUUCACAGGAUCAAGUGAUGAAAGUACUAAUAGCAAUAGCAAUAGCAGCAGCAGCAGAAGAACAAGCAAUAAUAGUGGCAGCAAUGGUAGUGGAAGCACCAACACCACUAGAACCACCACCAGGUUAAAGGAUGGGUUCCUAAGCAGUUGCUUGCCAUUUUUCCACUGCAGAAGAAGUAGACAUGUAGAUUAGACAAGCCUCUCUCUCUCUAUACUUAAUGUAAGAACCAACUACAGACUAGCCUUUGGAUCUACAAAAGCAUUCAUAAAAAAUACCUGAGGGAAAAGCUUUCAUGUGUUUCUUCUAUUUCCUGUAAUCAACUAUUAUUUUGUUCUUGUUUAUCUUCCUAAGUUUUCACGGUUAAGGCAUUUUGAAUAAAUAAUUCUAUGCUGUGUAGAAGAAGGGUGGGUGGAGUCAUGUAAAAAUAUAAGAAAGAUGUUCUGCACUGGCUAAAAGAACAAUAGAAUUUCCUAUAGGUAUUGAAACAUUAAUAUUCUCGGCAUUCUCUAAAAAUAAACUCACAUAAGCUUGUUAGAAGGAUGUAGUAGUUUUACCCCCUAGAUUCAACGUGUGCAAUAAUAAAACAAAAUUUCUUGCAAGCUAGAAAAACAUGGAAUUUCUUUCUAUGUUACUUACAGGUGUAAGGCUGUUGCAUUUCUCACCGGUACUUCUUGGCUUUAGCCAGCUUCUUCUUCUUCUUCUUCACAGCUUUUGGAACUUUAUUCUUCCGAGCCUCCCUUUUUUCUUCUUUAACUUUCUUCUUGUUCUCUUUCCUGGCUGCUUUCCUGUCCGCUGGUGUCUGCCUAUCAUGUUCAGCUGAUGAAUCACAAUCGGAGUCACUGGAAUCUUGAUCACUUUCAUUACUAGCAGUUUCAGAUUCUUCAUCAACUAGGCUGUCAGAGUUGGCGGGCUCAUCUUUCGCAGCCUUGUCAUUGUAUUCCAGCUGCUGCUGCUGCUCCUGUGCCUGGGAGGGAUUGCUCAAAGAAAGAACCUUCUUAAGGCCUGUUACAGUUUGAUAGUACAUGUCCUGAGUGUCUUUUCCACUGAUGAUACGUUGCACAUCCUCUUCAGCAUUCCUCACAUCAUCCAAGGUCUUCGGAAUGAAUGACUGUGAAAAGCACAAAAUUUUUACAUGUUUGUUAGGAAAAUUUUUGCCAUGGCACUAACAUUUGAUCGUCAGGCAGGUAAUUAUAUAUUUUAGUUGAAUGGACUGUGAUCUAUCGAAA